UGGACUUCGAGCAGCGUGUGCAGUUACAAGAUAAACUUGGAGUCUGUUUGCAUCAUGCUCAGGCUGAAAGUCAAUCUGAAGAGUGUGGGUGUGUUUUGUGUCCUCACUGCUACUACUGUGUUCUACUGUUUCUCCUCUGUCCACCUCCAGCACAGCCUCAAGGAUUUCCCUGUGCCUUCUUCAUGUGAUCCUAGGCAGAUCCUCCCAUCUCCACCCAUUUCCCAGAAUUCCAGUCGCUGUGUCCCUAAAGUGGAUAUUAUGUUCAUGAAGACUCAUAAAACUGCCAGUAGCACUAUCAUCAACAUCCUCUUUCGUUUUGGCCAAAAGCAUGGACUUAAAUUUGCCUUUCCAAAUAGCAGGAAUGAUUUCUAUUAUCCAUCUUCUUUCCAACGCACAUAUGUGGAGGGAUACCAGUCCGGCAUUUGCUUUAACAUAAUGUGCAACCAUAUGAGAUUUAAUAGCUCUGAAGUUACUCAAGUUGUACCUCUGGACUCUGUUUACUUCACUGUCCUAAGAGACCCAGCUGAGUUAUUCGAGUCAUCUUUCCAUUACUUUAGUCAUAUUAUUCCAUUAACUUGGUGGAUUGGAGGCAAGGAUAAAAUGACAGAAUUCCUUCGUGCUCCAAACCUCUACUACAAACCAAACGGAUUGUACUCUUUCUAUCUUAAAAAUCUGCUUUUCUUCGAUUUUGGAUAUGAUAAUAAUCUAGAUGAAGACAGUCCAAUAGUGGAACAGAGCCUCAAGGAGAUUGCUGAGCGCUUUGACCUGGUGAUGUUAACGGAGCACUUUGAGGAAUCUCUCAUACUGCUCAAGGAUGCCCUCUGCUGGAGCAUGGAUGAAAUACUGUUUUUCAAGCUUAAUUCUCGCAAGGAAUCUCCUGUAUCAAGACUGACUCCUGAACUAAGGCAAAAAGCCCUUAAGUGGAACAGCAUUGAUUGGAAACUAUAUCAAUAUUUCAAUAGCACUUUCUGGCACAAAGUGGAACUGUAUGGGAGAGAACAAAUGGCUAAAGAUGUGGCUGAGCUUAAAAGGAGAAAUGCCAAAAUGAUGGAAAUAUGCAUCGAGGGGGGUCACUCAGUUGAUGCCUCGAGCAUUCACAAUGAAGAUCUGCAGCCAUGGCAACCAGUGGGAGAAAAAUCUAUAGUGGGAUACAAUCUGAAAAGUAACAUUGAUGAACAAUAUGAGGAGCUAUGCAGGAAGAUGCUGACCCCAGAACUGCAGUACAUGUCUGAUUUAGGGAGCAACUUGUGGCUCACCAAACUAUGGGGGUCUGUGAGAAAAGUGAUACGAUGGUGA